AGCGACUACCAGCAUGAGACCUUCUCCCCAUUCCCGCAACAUCGACGAGCAGGUACCCAUCUAUGGCCCCUUACCAACAGAAAACGCGACCUCCGCUCCGUCAUAUCCUGCGUUCACAACAUCUUCCAACCAUGUGGACCCCGCAACCCACCUCUCAGCAGGCUUUAGCCAUGAUAUACCCACCCUGAACCAGCAUUCCUAUACACACAGCGGCGGCUUGCACCUGGACCCAACCCUCUCUUCGGACCCUCUUCCCCACCAACAUCAGGUUGCGCCACAAACAACAACAUCCUCUAUAUCUCAAAUGCAAGGCCCAGGCCACCUAGCCGCCCAGAGCCCUCCAACGCCUCUGCACAUUCCCAAUUCUGCGCCCUCAGGCCAGUUCGAUAUGCUGCCCCCUCCAAACAGCAGCCACCGCUCGUGGCAGGCCCUCCACGACUACGCCCAAUCGCAUGCCUCGGCUCACGGGUACGCUCUUAGCAUUAACACUACAGCCAAGAACCGGUCCCGCAUCAAGCUGGCAUGCGUAUGCUACGGAGCGCCGAAAAAUACGCACAAGCUUACUCCCGAGACCAGAAUUAGGAAGAACAGGAUUAGUUACAAAACAGGCUGCAGAAUGUGGGUCGAGGGUAAGAAGCAGGAAGAUGGCUUCUGGGCACUAAGAGUUGGUGAACCAAGCCAUAACCACCCCGGACGAGCUGUGGAGGGGUGGGCGGUGCAGAGGAAGAGGACAUGGGGCGUUCAAGGUGGACGGAUUGGCGUUGGAGGGGUUACUGCUAAGGAAGAGAAGGAGCAAAUGGGCGGUGCUGAUAAUGGACAUGGGCAUUUACUAGAGAAUGGCGCCGAGCCGCCUUCACAGAAUCAGAGCCACAGCCUUGAGAGGGGUGGCAUAGUCUGGCGCAUAGUGGAGCAGGAAAUGCUGCGAAAGGGUGGACCAGGGCAGGGACGCGAUCGGGGCGUUGGCCGGACGGUAAAAGUCCUUGAAGAGCGCCUGCCCGGUAUACACAUAUUUAAGCGCGAUGUUUAUAAUAUCCGAGCACAGAUUAAGCGAGCUCGCAAAGCGGCAGGUCAGCAAAUCGGCGAAGGAUUGAACGACAGUGACGACGAGGAUCUAGCAACGUUGGAUCAAGUGGUACACUCCGGUGAGGGUCAGGCAGAACAGGGUGAUGGUGAAAACGAUAUUCAUGGGCUCAGCCGGUAUCCUGAAAUUGACCCUAUGCUUGUCGCUCAGUGUAACGAUGCGCUGAAGAAUGUCAGCCAGCAGGAAGAGAGUGAAGUUGAUGGACUGAGAAGGGAAGUAGAGGAGCUUCGGCUCGCUCUCGAGCAACGGGCGAAAGAAUUAGAAGAUAAGAACAGCGAGAAUGAGAGACUUAGGAUGGACCUAGAGGUCGCGAAUAUGGCGCUAUAUAAUAGCAGGAGCGGACUCACUCAGUGAGGCCUUGAAUACGCGGAUCAUUCUCCUGCAAUGAUUAGUUAAGCUUGA